CCAUCCGUCAAACUAAUUCCAACAACGCGAGGACAGCAAAAGGCUCAGUGUACAGGGGAGAGGCAAGCAUGGCAGCCGUGGGCAGCAUCAAGGGCCGCGACCGGUUCACGGCGGCGUGCAGCGCUCUCAGCCGGUACGUCAAGGCGGCCGAGAGGGCCCCGGCGGUGCUGGAGGCGCGGCCGGCGCCCGCGGUGGCACUGCCUCUCAUGCCGGGCGCGGACGUGUCCGCGGCCGCGCACGAGGACCACGAGGCGGGGCCGACGCCGGCGCCCACACUGGCGCGGCUGACCAUCUUCUACGGCACGCGGGUGGUGGUGCUUGACGACGUCCCCGCCGACCGGGCGGCCGAGCUGCUCCGGCUCGCGGCCUGCGCCGCUGCGAAAGGGACACGCGGGCGCGGGCAGGUGGUGCCGGCGGCGGAGGACGACCUGCCGAUGGCGAGGAAGGCGUCGCUGCGGCGGUUCAUGGAGAAACGCAAGGGCCGGGCCGCCGCGCGCGGGCCGCCUUACCGCCGGCCGGGCGGCGCCGGCGACACGUGCCCUGACCGUCUUACGCUCGCGCUCUGAAUUCUGAUUCGCGUACAUGCGUGUACAGUACAGCAAGCGAGGGAUUGUACAGAGGAAACUCGUGUUUGUUGCCAUAAAUAAAGACCAAAUUGUUGGAUCGAA